UCCAGAUCACGGGAUGAAUUCAGGUUCUGGAGUCAGAAGCCAAAUUACCAAAGCCAAGGAAGGGGAAGGAUUUCUUAGGGUGUUUGGACCAACUAUGUAGCUGGGAUAAAGUUAGAUGAGUUUUUGAAUGCAAGAUUGCCACAGGUGGACUUAAAAUGAGGAGGCUGUUCUCUCCAGCAGCAAAUUGGGAGGCCCUAAGAGUGGUCAGCUGGUUCAUCAGCUGGGGUCAGGCUGCUGUUACAACCUCUGGUUUAGCCAACUGGACAAUUAGUUCUGGCUGGGCUGCCUGUUAGGGGCCCUGACAUUCUCCAGUUUUAACUUCAUUUCAUCAUUUUGAGUCAUCUACAAAUGUUGCUGCCAUUUCCACUCUGUUAAGAAAUUUGGUCAACAUCACCUGGCCUACAUCAACAUCUGGCGACACCCAUUGCUGACUUCUAGCCAUGUUCAGUUGUGUCCAUUUACCCCUUCUCUUCCUUCCAUCUCAGCCAGUUUCUGGUGCAUAACAGCAUUUUGCCUAUGACUCCAGUGCCUCUUUGUUUUUCUAAUAGCUUUCUGUGAUGGGCUUUAUCGAAGGCUUUCUGAAAGUACAAACAGAUUAAACCCAGCAAUGCUAGAACAAAAGUAACGAGCCCACAGACCUCUGGGGUGGUUUUAUCUGUUGCCAUCUGGGAAAGGAGGAAUCUUACAACUGUUUUCCCUGGUAAACAUGCUGCUUGACCUGACAAUGUGGAUUUGCUCCUUCAUCUGGAGAAUGCAGAUUUUAGCUGCCAGGACCUAGAGUAGAAGCUUAAGAGAAGGAGCCAAAGCACUUUGACUUACUCACUGGAUUUGUUGGAUAUGGAAAAGAUGGCAGAUGAAUUGAAGACAGAGACUGAAAACCUCAAUCCAGAACAGAGCAUGUCUUCCACAGGACUGGAAGAUGACCUUGGCAAACUCUUGGGUCAGGAGACACUUCUCCCAAAGUUGGGCAGUAUUGAUCUGGAAAGAGAACUAGAUGCCAAAAGUGAGCUGAUUGAUGAUAAAGAGUUCAAUAUUCCUCAGGUGGAUACCCCACCGACGCUGGAAAGCAUAUUGAAUGAGACUGAUGAUGAAGAAGAGACUUUUGUGCUGGAGGAUCCCUCACUUUUGAACAUUGAUAAUAUCGACACACACUCUUACGACACGUCUUCAGUGGCGAGCUCUGACAGUGGAGACCGGGCACACAUGAAAAGAAAGAAAAGGCUCCCUGAUUCUUUUUCUCUCCAUGGAUCUGUCAUACGACUUUCACUUCUGAAAGGAAUUUCUGCCCAAAUAGUUUCUGCUGCAGACAAAGUGGAUGCUGGCUUGCCUACUGCCAUAGCAGCAUCAAAUCUGAUUGCUGUGGGGACUUCUCAUGGGUUGGCAUUAAUUUUUGGAAAAGAUCAGAACCAGGCUCUUCGGCUUUGUCUUGGCAGCACAGCUGUUGGUGCCCAGUACGGGGCUAUCUCAGCUCUCAGUAUCAAUAAUGACUGCUCGAGACUUCUGUGCGGCUUUGCAAAAGGACAGAUUACUAUGUGGGAUCUGGCUAGUGGGAAACUUCUGAGAUCAAUAACAGAUGCUCAUCCCCCAGGAACAGCCAUUUUGCACGUCAAGUUCACAGACGACCCGACCCUUGCAAUUUGCAACGACAGUGGAGGCUCUGUCUUCGAACUGUCAUUUAAGAGAGUGAUGGGAGUGAGAACCUGCGAGUCUCGGUGUCUGUUCAGCGGAUCCAAGGGGGAAGUUUGCUGUAUUGAGCCUUUGCAUGCAAAGACAGAACUGAGAGAUCAUCCUAUUACCCAGUACUCCCUGCUAGCAAUGGCCUCCUUGACUAAGAUCCUUGUCAUUGGGUUGAAGCCAUCUCUGAAAGUGUGGAUGACUUUUCCAUAUGGUCGUAUGGAUCCCUCCAGCGUUCCUUUGCUGGCUUGGCACUUUGUUGCUGUACAGAACUCGGUAAACCCCAUGCUUGCCUUCUGUCGUGGAGAUGUGGUUCAUUUUCUUUUGGUAAAGAGAGAUGAUUCGGGUGCAAUACAUGUUACUAAGCAGAAGCAGCUCCAUCUGCAUUACGACCUCAUCAAUUUUACUUGGAUGAAUUCGCGCACGGUGGUGCUUCUGGAUAGCGUGGAGAAGCUCCAUGUGAUAGAUCGCCAGACGCAAGAGGAGUUGGAGACCAUAGAGAUUUCAGAGGUUCAGCUAGUCUACAACAGCAGUCACUUCAAAUCACUGGCCACAGGGGGCAAUGUCAGCCAGGCUCUGGCACUGGUUGGGGAAAAAGCCUGCUAUCAGUCCAUCAGCAGCUGUGGCAGUCAGAUUUUCUACCUUGGUACAAAGUCCGUUCAUGUGAUGACACUAAGAAGCUGGAGAGAGAGAGUGGAUCACCUUCUGAAACAAGAAUGUCUUACUGAGGCCCUGGCUCUAGCUUGGUCUUUUUAUGAAGGUAAAGCAAAGGCUGUUGUAGGGUUGUCCGGAGAUGUCGGCAAGCGAAAGGCAGUCAUUGCAGACAGAAUGGUUGAAAUCCUUCUCCAUUACACUGAUCGAACUUUGAAGAAGUGUCCCGACCAGGGAAAAAUCCAAGUGAUGGAACAACAUUUUCAGGACAUGGUGCCCGUCAUAGUCGAGUACUGCCUCUUACUUCAGCGCACGGAUCUUUUAUUCAGCCAGGUGUAUGACAAGAUGAGUGAGAAUUCUGUGGCCAAAGGGGUUUUCCUGGAGUGCCUGGAGCCAUACAUUUUAAGUGGCAAGCUGAUCGGAAUGACAGCUCAAGUGAUGAAAGACUUGCUGCUUCACUUCCAAGAUAGGAACCUGUUGGAGAACAUGGAGGCCUGCAUUGUGCACAUGGAUAUCACCAGCCUCGACAUACAGCAGGUAGUUCUUCUUUGCUGGGAAAAUCAUCUCUAUGAUGCCAUGAUCUAUGUCUAUAACAGUGGAAUGAAUGACUUCCUUAGUCCAAUGGAGAGGUUGUUCAAAGUCAUCGCUCCUCCACUGAGUGCUGGGAAGUCUCUCACAGAUGAGCAGGUCGUGAUGGGCAACAAGCUUCUAGUUUAUAUAAGCUGCUGUUUGGCAGGUCGUGCUUACCCGUUGGGUGAUAUUCCUGAAGAUCUGGUUCCCUUGGUUAAAAACCAGGUCUUUGAAUUUCUUAUCCGCCUCCACUCAGCCGAGGCAUCCACUGAUGAAGAAGUUUAUCCCUAUGUUCAUACACUGCUGCACUUCGACACCCGGGAGUUCCUUAACGUCCUUGCACUGACUUUUGAAGAUUUCAAGAAUGACAAGCAAGCAGUGGAGUAUCAACAGAGAAUCGUGGACAUCCUGCUAAAAGUCAUGGUGGAAAAUUCUGACUUCACCCCAUCGCAGGUUGGGUGUCUCUUUACCUUCCUUGCUCGGCAGCUCGCCAAGCCCAACAACACGUUGUUUGUGAACAGGACACUUUUUGAUCAGGUCCUUGAAUUUCUGUGCAGUCCUGAUGAUGAUUCCCGACACUCCGAGAGACAGCAGGUCUUGUUAGAACUGCUGCAGGCUGGGGGAAUAGUACAGUUUGAAGAGAACCGUCUCAUCCAAAUGGCAGAAAAAGCUGAAUUCUACCAAAUUUGUGAGUUUAUGUAUGAACGGGAGCAUCGCUAUGACCGAAUCAUUGAUUGUUACCUGCGUGAUCCAGUGAGAAAGGAAGACGUUUUCAACUACAUCCACAAUAUUUUGUCCAUUCCUGGAUACAGUGCAGAGGAGAAGCAUUCAGUGUGGCAGAAAGCUCUGGAACAUAUGGAGGAGCUGCUUUUGCUGAGCCCUAGCAAAGCUGCAGACCUGAUCACCACGCACUUCAAUGAUCAGCUUGAGGGGAUCAUUAACAACCUUCAGGACCAGUUCUUGCUUUUCCAGUUUUUGAGGAGUCUUCUUGACCCGAGGGAAGGAAUCAAUCAGGAUCUGAUCCACGUAUCUCCCUGCAUCACUGAGCAGUUCAUUGAGUUGCUGUGUCACUACAGUCCUGACCAGGUUUUAGAGAUGCUACAAGUCCUGGAGUUCUACAGACUGGAGGAAACCAUUCAGAUCACUCAGAAACACCAACUCCAUGAAGCUUCCUCAUACCUUUUGGAAAAGAAAGGAGAUGUCCAUGGUGCCUUCUUGGUAAUGCUUGAGCAACUGCAAAGCAAGCUGCUGGUGCUUACACAGGAAGAUGAAAAUUCAACACAAUCCAAUUCAAUAAAGGAUAUUGAAGCUACCUUACUGAAAACAAUUGCACUUUGCCAGAGGAAUUCACAUAAUUUAAACCAGCAGCAGCGAGAGGCUCUCUGGUUUCCCCUCCUGGAGGCUAUGAUGUCGCCACAGAAACUGUCAGGUUCUUCAGCCUCAUGCCGAUACUCUGAACAUCUGAAGAAUUUGACCAUGCAGGUGCUCAACAACAUGGCUGCUUUUAUUGCCCUUCCAUCAAUCCUGCAGAGAAUUCUACAGGAUCCUGUUUAUGGUAAAGGGAAACUUGGAGAAAUUCAGGGACUUGUACUGGGGAUGCUGGAUACGUUUAACUAUGAGCAG